AUGGGAUGCAAUUCUUCUACCGCUAUCGUUGAUUUCGAGAAUGUUAGCACUCAAGGUCAAGCUAUUGAAUAUGUCAAGUAAAAGCUUGAGAAAUGCGAGGAAAUGCUUAUUAAUGUAUAAAAGGUCAGAAAGACUCUCUACUAAACUGUUUAAAUGGAUUCGUGUUAACAUUUUUUAGGCAAUUUGUACGAAGAUAUAUAUGAUGUCCACAAGGAGAUAUCAAUGAUGUAUCCUGAUGAGACACCUGAAAAGAUAUAAGUUACAAAAACAGUAAAGGAAUACAUAAAGUAGUUAAAGGAAAUGAAAUUAGAUUUUUUCGAUAGCCUUUAAGACUCUAAAUCGAUUGCUAAUUCAGAUAAAAUGCAAAAUAAUUAAGACAUAUUGCUUGAAUUGCACUGGAAGCAAUAAACCCUUUUUAAUUACUUCUUAAACAAUAAAAAACAUAACACAAGUCCUAUGCAAAGAUCUUUAUCAUCUACAUCUACAGCUCUUUCAGCUUGA